GAGAAAAAUUAGGUAAAACUAAUGAAGAUAAAUUGGAUAAUUAGGGUUUCCCAGCUGCUUGAUAUACACCUGAUAAAAGCAAUCUCUUCAGGUAGGCCUUCUUGAGAUCUGAUUACAGAAUUACCCGCAAUCCACCCACACACCUAAAUUUUAUUUAAGAAACCAAGCCAAGCUCUUUCUGACUUUUCGGGAAAAGGAGAUGGGGAAAUGUGUUUCUCUCUAGUUCUUCCAAGCCAUGGCGCUUCCACACAGAUUUCUUUGGUUUGGCUGCGUGGCUUGGCUGUGUUUUCCUAUUAUUCUUGGUUCUCGGGCAUCCAGGGUUGAGGCGCAGAUUGCGAAUAGCGCCGAGUUGGAAUCUGGGGCUGCGCCUUGGUCUUUGCUGCAGCCGCUAGAUGGGAGAGAGAGACCCGGCCUCCUUCCCCCUCUCUUCAAGGUUCUCUAUGAUGAGCAAGGUGGGACCCCCAGGCUGCAGCCUGAUUCCCGGGCUUUGCGCUACAUGAAGAGGCUCUAUAAGGCAUACGCAACCAAAGAAGGGAUCCCCAAAUCCAACAGAAGUCACCUCUACAACACUGUCCGGCUUUUCACCCCCUGUGCCCAGCACAAGCAGUCUCCUGGAGACCAGGUAACAGGAAGCCUUUCAUCCGUGGACCUGCUGUUUAACCUGGAUCGUGUGAGUGCCGUUGAACACUUACUGAAAUCAGUCUUGCUCUACACGUUUAACAACUCCCUGUCUUUUCCCUCUACUGCUAAAUGUAUGUGCAACUUGGUAAUAAAAGAGCCAGAAUUUCUUCUCAAGUCUCUUCCAAGAGUUACUUUUAACUCCCAGCUUGAAUUUCAGAAGAAGCACAAAUGGCUCGAGAUGGAUGUGACCAGUCUCCUUCAACCGUUCGUGGCCUCCAACAAGAGAAGCAUUCUCAUGGCCGUGAACUUGACUUGCAUGAAAGAGCAGCCACAGUCUUCAGCCCAGGACGGCACAUGGAACUUGCCUCUUCUGGUGCGCCCCUCAUUGCUUUUGUAUCUGAAUGACACAAGCACCCAGGCUUAUCACAGGUGGUAUUCCGUCCACUCACAGAGGAGACCUGCCCAGUGUCGCCACCACAAGAGAGGUCUGCCUGCCCAUCACCGCAUGGAGCCCGCUGUGGUUUCAAGGUCUUCCCGUGCCCGAAGGGAUCAAAAAACUGGCAGCUCAGAGUUAAAGAAGCCUCUGGUUCCAACUUCCUUGAACCUCAGUGAAUAUUUCAAACAGUUCCUUUUUCCCCAAAAUGAGUGCGAGCUCCAUGACUUUAGACUUAGCUUUAGUCAGCUGAAAUGGGACAACUGGAUUGUGGCCCCACACAGGUACAACCCACGGUACUGUAAAGGGGACUGUCCAAGGGCAGUCGGGCAUCGGUAUGGUUCUCCAGUUCACACCAUGGUACAGAAUAUCAUUUAUGAGAAGCUUGACUCCUCGGUGCCCAAACCAUCAUGUGUGCCAGCCAAAUACAGCCCCUUGAGUGUUUUGACUAUUGAGCCCGAUGGCUCAAUUGCUUAUAAAGAAUAUGAAGAUAUGAUAGCCACAAAAUGCACCUGCCGUUAGCCUGUGGUCCUCUAACCUGAAGCCUGGAGUCUCAUGGGCAAAGUCAGUGCCACAUUCCCCUCUCUGCUUCAAGAGACAGACCUGUGUGCCUUUCUCUAAGUGUAAAUGGCAGAAGAGCUGUACAAGCAGGACCAUAUGAAGAGUAGCUUUUUCUGU